AUGGCAAAUGCAUUAGCAAAUGAUGCUUUGUUAUAAUAACAAAUUGAUUAAUAAGUAAUUUAGAAUCCAAAUUUAUCAUUUGCUCAAAAGAAAUCAUUAAGGAAAUCAUUAUUAAAAGCUAGUGUAGCAAAUGCUCCAAAGAAUAGCUCAAUAUAAACAAUAUUAAGUGUAAGUAAUACAAUGGUAGGAUCAUCAUUAUUAGUGAUACCUGUAUUAUUUUAACAAUCAGGCAUUUUGAGUGCAUUAAUAGUUGCAUUAGUAUUUUGCUUAAUAUCUUGUAAAACGUGUUAAUUAUAAAUGGUACACAAUAAACCUGAAGAAUUAGAUUUACCAUAAACUAUAGUGAGAAUACUUGGCUAGAAGUAUAAUUUAAUUUUUAAUAUUACGAAUAUCAUAAUUUUAUACUUUGCAGGUGUUGUAUAUUUUAUUUUAAUAUGCAAUAUGUUAUACUCAUUACUUUAAUUAUUAUGUCGUUAAUUAGAUAUGAAUUAUGCUCCUAAAACUGAUUUUGUCCUAGGUUAAUUAUCAUAUUAAUGGUGUGGUAUAGUGUAUAUGUGUUUAUUAUUCCUAAUAAUGUUAUAAAAGAAUCUUACUCUCAUUAUAAAGUUAGUUCAAUAUGGAGUUAUAUCAAUUAUAGCAUUGAUUAUUUAUAUUAUAACUAAUGGCAGUAUUAACAUGCCAGAGAUUGUGAAUGCCAACUUAUUCACUUUAGAUGUAGUAACUUUAUGUGGUGUAUUCUCAGUUGCUUUCAUGGUACAUUCUUGUAUAGUUCCAAUAAUGAAAAAUAAUUUAGAAUAAUAAAAUAAUUUAAGAGAUAUUGCAUUUAGUUUUGGAUGGACUUGGCUCAUUUAUGCUUUGGUAGGUGUAUUUGGAGCCAUUGCCAUAUAAGGAAAAUAAAUAAAUAAAUCAGGUGAUGGAUCUACUGUAUUAGAUUAUUUAGAUUAGAAUAUAUUUUCAUAUGGAAUUUAAGUUUUGUAAUUACUUUAGUUAACAACUGUAUUCCCAUUAUUAGCAUUUAUUACAAGAUCACAAUUUUUUGCAUUAAUAUAUAAAUUGGAAUAGCCUCCAUAAAAAUGGUUUGUGUUAUAUACAUCAAUAGUAGCUCUCACUACUCUACUAUUUUAAUGUCUUAAUAUUAGUGUAUCUUUAAUUCUCAGUUUAUCAGGAGCUGUUAUUGGAUUUUUCUAAAUUUAUUUAAUUCCAAUAUAAUUACAUAUGACAUGUCUCUAUGCUAAAAAGAAAGUCAAUGACAAUAGAAUUGGAUUGAUUAAUGAUACAAAAGAGUAUAUUGAAAAUCCAGAUGAAUCUAUAUUUGAUGAAUAGGAUUUCAAAUGUAUAGAUCAUUCAGCUCUUAAGAAAAGAUUUAAUAAGCAAACUAGAUUCAUAUUCUAUUAUAUUAUAAUGCUUAUUGGGGCAAUGAUGGGAUUUCUAAAUAUUAUUGCUCCAUUCUUCAAAUGA